AUGAGUGACAAAGAAAAGUUUGAGGUGGAUAGAAAUGGGGAUCCUAUGAGUUACUCUUCUGGUAUGCCUCCUGAUUGGAGAUUUGGGGGUGGUAAUCUUGUGAAUUCAUCUGUUGGUUUGGUUUCAAUUGGUGAUUCUAUGAAAAUCAAUAGAGGGGAUUUGGUUGGUUCUUCUUCAUGUUCCUCUGCCUCAAUGGUGGAUUCUUAUAGUCCUAACUUUUGGGACCAUUCAGCAAAUUCUCAAAAUUUGGGAUUUUGUGAGAUGAAUAUUCAACAUAAUGGGAGUUCUUCGAACGCCGUUGGAAUUAGAAAAGAUGGGUUUGGUUUUGGAAGAGGUGGUCAUGGUGAAAUAGGUUGGAACCAGGCUAAUUCUAUGUUGAAAGGGGAUGGUUUUUUACCGAAUGGACAAGGGUUUUUUCCUCAGAGUUUAUCUCAGUUUCCAACUGAUUCUGGUUUUAUUGAAAGGGCUGCAAGGUUAUCUUGCUUUGGAGGAGGGAAUUUUGGUGAUGCGAUGAACUCGUAUGGGAUUCCUCAAUCCAUGGCUAUGUAUGUUGGUGGUGCGGUUCAUGGAGGUAGGGAUGCUCUUGCGGCAGGUGUUGGAUUGAAAAUAGCAACUGGGGGACAAUCACAAGAGAGUAGUGAUCCUAAUGUAGUUGAAGCAGCUACAAAAGGCGUGUCUCCGUCUAUUGAGCAAUUGGUUGCUAGAGGAAGCCCUUUAAUGAAUGAUAAAAGCGAGAGUCGCACCAUGUCUCAAGAUGAAGGGAAGCAGACUCUUGUUCGGAAUGCUAACGAUUCUGAUAGAGGUGAGUCGGGAGAUGAUGAUGGUGGUGGUGGCAGACAGGGUGGUUCCCCAAUGUUAGAGGGUACUACUAGCGGGGAGCCUUCUAUUAAAGGACUAAACUCGAAGAAAAGAAAAAGAAGUGGACAGGAUGCUGAUAACAAUAAAGUUAAUGAAGCUCAAGAACUACAAAGUGAAGGAGCAAAGGACAACCCUGAGAAUCAACCGAAGGGAGACCAACAACCAACAUCAACCACCAAGGUAUCUGGGAAGAAUGCCAAACAGGGCUCUCAAACUUCUGAUCCACCUAAGGAGGAAUACAUACACGUUAGGGCUCGGCGGGGUCAAGCAACAAACAGCCAUAGCCUUGCAGAAAGGGUGAGGAGGGAAAAGAUAAGUGAGAGGAUGAAGUUUCUUCAGGAACUCGUGCCUGGAUGUAGCAAGGUCACUGGCAAGGCAGUAAUGCUGGACGAAAUCAUCAACUAUGUACAGUCACUUCAACGACAAGUUGAGUUUUUAUCUAUGAAACUUGCAACAGUAAAUCCGCGACUGGAUUUUAAUAUCGAAGGCCUUCUUGCUAAAGAUAUUCUUCACCAACGGCCUGGUCCUUCAUCCGCACUAGGGUUUCCUUUAGAGAUGUCUAUGAAUUUUCCUCCAUUACAUCAAUCUCAACCAGGGCUGAUUCAGUCAGUUAUUCCAAACAUGACAAACCCGUCCGAUAUCCUUCGUAGAGCUAUUCAUCCACAACUGAGUGGAGGGUUCAAGGAGCCAAAUCAGAUGCCUGAUAUGUGGGAGGAUGAGCUUCACAAUGUUAUACAAAUGAGCUUUGCAACAACUGCUCCCACAAGUAACGAAGAUGUGGAUGGUACUAAUGCAUCAAAUCAGAUGAAAGUUGAACUUUGA